AUUAAUAUUACGAAUAUGCAGGAAAGGGAGCUUAUGCAAAUUGGCAUCAGGUAGCAAUUUGAGGUGACAGAAGGCUUAAUAGAUAUAAAUGGGAGGCAAAUUAUUUUAUUUUGACUUCCAAAGAUUUAUUAAUGGGCGUUCCUUCACCCAAAGACAAGUCGUUCGAGCAGCAUGAUUAAUCCGAAGGUUGUGUCAGUCGACACUCGUGACAAUACUGAACCAGGUGCGACAGGUAUCAGCAUCUUGGUCGUGGAUUGUGACACUACAUGUCUUACAAUUGCAUCGAAGAUGCUCCACACAUUUGGAUAUAAAGUCAUGACUGCUACUCGAGCUACUGAUGCAUUGAGCAUUUUACAGGAGAGACAGCAUGAGCUUGACCUUGUUCUGACGGAGGUUCACUUGCCUGAUAUGGAUAAAUAUGAGCUUCUUGAAACAAUGGGAGAAAUUUCAUGCUUGCCUAUUGUUGUUUUGUCAGCUGAUAAUAAUGAGAAUGCCAUGUUAGGCUGUCUGUUCAAAGGUGCAGUGUUUUAUCUUUUGAAACCGAUUACCAUGAAUGAUGUAAAGAGCCUUUGGCAGUUUUCAUAUAUGAAGACACCAGGGGAAAUUGCCCCCAGUGGAGGAUCAAAGUGCUUUCAAGAGGAAUCUCCUGAAAAUGGUUCAAUUGAGGCUUCAGAGUGUUUAUCAUUUUCAGAUGCUUGGGAACAGAUUGCCCAGAAAGGCAAAAGAAAAGAGCUAGAAGACAUUGAUAAAGAUAAGGGGGAUGAUAGCGUCAAGUCAACUGUUCCAAAGAAACCAAAGCUAAUUUGGACCAACGAACUUCAUGAUAGAUUCUUGCAAGCCAUCAGAAUAUUAGGCAUUGAUAGUGCUCAUCCAAAGAAAAUACUUAAGCAUAUGAAUGUCCCGGGGCUAAAGAAAGAAAAUAUUUCAAGCCACUUGCAGAAAUAUCGUCUUUCAUUGAAACGGGAACAAGAUGCGAUCCAGAAGACAAUGCUCAGAGAUUACCAUCUUUCGUCAUUCAAUCUACAGAGGGAAAAUUCCCAAUUCCUGAAGCCACAAUUCUUGACUACUACACAACCAGAAAUCAGCAGCCAUGUUCAGAAUCUGAAGAACCCCGAUGGUACCAUGUGCUUGGCUUCCCUUGGUUGUGCAAAUUAUCCUAUGCGUGAUUCCUCUAACCAAGGUUAUAAUUCAAUUUCUAAAAGUGGAGAACCGGUUCCACAGAAUGAACAUACGUACUCUACUCAUACCAGUUUUAGUAAUGUUGGAAUUAGAAUCAAUAACGAGUUUGGCCAAAUGGGAAACGAUAAUGGGGAAGAAUUUCUCAUGCUGUCAGAUGAAGAGAAUUCAAGAUUCGAGAAUGCAACUGAUGGCAUGGAAUUUCUGGGAAAUUGGUCAGAGCAGCAGCAACAAUUCCAGGAACCCCCACUGUCUCCAGCACCACUGCGACUUGAGCAAGAAGAAGGAGAAGACAUUUUGUGGGCUGAAAGAGGAACAAGUGACCUGUUUGAUUCAGCAGACUGGUCUGCUUGAAUGUUUCUUGGCGAGGCGUGCAAUGAUCUAUGGUAAAUCAAUAUAUCAGCCCCAAUUAAUCUGAGAAUUUGGAUUUAGACAUGGGUGAACAGCAAAACAGUAGAAAAAUAAUGUAAUCCAGUCGUUGGAGUAGUCGUUCUGUUGUUAUCCUGUUUGAUAAAUUGCCUCUCAAUAAGUAGUUCUGUUACAACA